GUGCGACGUCUGUCCACGUAAAAGUCGGAGGACCGGCGCGAGGGCUGGGUUCUGGCGGCCAAGCCAGAAGGGAAGGCGCGCCGCGAACGCUAUCUCGCAGCUUAUUUCUCGGUUCCUGGGUCCUCGUUCGGGGUUUUUGGCUGGCUGGACGCAUUUUCUGACGUGCGUUUCGAGCCACGCUGGGAUCGAAGAAGAUCUACUCAUUCCUCACCAUUUCCGCGGCUGUGUUCUGCUCCAUCACGGCUCGCUGUGACACGCCUGUCCUCGAUGUCCGCCGUCGAGGCAGCUGCUGGCCACCUACUCGCGCAGAUUCGCAGCCGAUCUCGGAGAUCUGCACGGAACUCUGCCCGUUUGUUUUCAGCUGCAGAACACAAGUCACGACCCGGUCGCGUUCUAAAAACGGUCGUGUCAAAGAAGGCGGCGUGAAGCGGAUCCAAUCGAGAAGACCCGUGGGUAUGUAAGCGAUCUAGAUUUCAUCACUGCAACUCCUUGCAGAUGCGAUGGGCACCACGCCCGUCACGCUCAACCGAUUGCGUAGUAUAAAGUCCUAAUGCUCCGCUAACGUCCUCGCAAAUCUUUUUGCAUUUCCGGUGGCGCUAUGUCUCACUACUCAUCCAAGCGUAAUCUCCCCGCUUCUGCUCCCAGCACGAGUUCAACAUACCAUGCCUCUUACAACACAGCGCCUCGCGCUUGGCCCGCCGACUCCGCCGCCCCGUCAUCACUGUCCACCCACCCAUAUAUCCCAACCCCAGCCUCGUUCGUUCCUUCCUGGAGUGCUGUAAAUUUUUCUAGCCUCGCCACCAGCUCUUACCCAUCGCCUGUCCCCGACUAUGGGUCUCGCAGAGAUAUUCCCUCCCCUCCCUAUUCUUUCGAAUCGCUCUAUCCCUCCUCGUUCACGCGCCCUGCAUCGACAGUCUCGGACGCGUACUCUGCCCAGCCAUCCACUCCGUAUGACGUGAGCGGUGGCACUGCUUCUCCCGCGUCGUCUAUCGCUCCAUCCUCUCCGCCCCCGAUCCCUUACCUCUCAUUGCCGGACCUGCCGGCCAUCAAGCAGGAGCAGCCUGACGAUGACGGUUUCAUCGUAGACCUCGUGCCUGCCCCGGGCCCGCAGAUAUACGCACCCCCAACUGAGGUUCCUCUGCGGGCCAGCCAGGCCAGUCCGCGGAUGCGCAGCAUGAUGAACGUCUUCCGAUUGAACCCCUUUGCUAUUCAUGCCGACGGCGGACGCGGUGUCCUUGCGCCGUGGACGAGAGGAGAGGCCCACGCGCUGGACGAGGAGCCGCAGACGUUCGAGUUUCAGGUCCAGCUCGAUGCGCCUCUGUUCGACGCCACCGACAGCGACUCUGACAGCGGUCUGUUCAGAUCUCCUGCGGCAAAACGCGAGCCGGAGCUCGACACAACGGGUCUGCGUUCCUUCUCACCUGACUUUGAGCUCGACGUGGACUACGCUCACCCCGUUCAUCACCACGAAUCGGGUUUCCAUGCGCACCAUCGCCGAACGUCGGACGAUGCAGAGUCGAGUUGGGAGCUGGGAUACCCGGAGCCGUCGCCGGCCUAUGAGCCUCUUUCGACAUACCAUCGACCCUUUCCACAGCUAUCGAAUUAUAGCGUCUAUCCUCACAUGGACCAAUCUGAUCACCGCCAUGCUCGACAGGCUGCGGCCCCUCGGCGGUGGUCACAUCCAACGCAAGAAGCAUUCUUCAUGUAGCUUUAUGUUUAUGUCUCUCUCUUCCAUGUGGAUUCUGUAACCGGUCGGUAGCCUUUUGACAUAUGUUUUCAUACCGUUUGUUGUACCAGUAGAUGUCCGUCGCCCGGGCGGCGGAGACUUGGAUCCGUGUAGCGGGCGGACAUACCGCCCGCAUAUUUGUAUCCAUUAUCGUGCGUUUGCAGCGCAGAGACGGGGGUGGGGAAAACCUGGCGCCAGCUUAUGUCCGAGGCGCGUCGACUUCGCUGGCUCCGAUGCACACGGCGAGCUUCGCCUCCGGAAAUGACAGCGCCGGUCGUGCAUGCACAGCCGCAGGAUUCCUGGCGAGCAUGAAGCGUGUCUGAUUCGUGCAGUGGCGGGGCUGCCCCGACGCGUGCGAGGCCUCUCGUAACGGUGGCACUGUAUAAAGAUUAGAACCCGCCCCGGAAGUAACGUUAAAAGUGUAUCGCCCCGCCCGCAGCUCCACGUCCGCCCCAGGAACCCCGGACCGUAGUGCGCCCAGCCGCUUCUGAAUCAUCUUUGGUCCCUGGCUCAACACUUUGCAAUCCCGCGGUCAGGACCCUGAUCAGUCCUUGCGAUCUCGGGUCAGGAGAUGAAGCACCCCCAGUUGUACCUGGCCAAUGCCUACCAGCAUGAUGGUGUUUGGAUCGGAGAAUUCUCUGCAUUGAAUCGUAUGGUGGCCAGACUGGAACUAUAUUGCGGUCAAACUGGAACUAGUUGAUAAGAUCGUCCCACUCGUUGAUAGACCUAGUAGAGACAGCUCGUUACCGCGACGCGUGACGUCAUCGACGGCGCGACGGUCACGCUCCGAUGAUACCAUCACGACGUGGUCACUCUCUCUGAUCUCGACUUUAAUCCUCACGCUCGCAGGCCAAUCGCUCAUCGCAGGUCGCACAACAAACAUCCAUUGCCUCAAAACCAAAGCAAAUUUUGUCUAUCAAUCAUGCUCGGGAAUUCGUCGCUCCCAUCGUUCUCGCUGCAAGAAGCCUAUCGCGCGGCAUGGGCUGCUGACCUGACCUCGGGCAGAUCUCGUACCUUUUUGCAGUUUAGACUCCGCGCUGUGGACGACUUUGGUCUUACUGUCUAUCUCGAUGACAAGCCAAGUCCCCUUCCCACAACCAUAUGCGCAUCUUGCCAGCUCCCACGGAACCUCAAGUCUUCCGCAUGCGAUCGCACGUUCGGCACGAUUCGUCCUGGCGCGGGCUGCGGAUCAAACUCUUGUGCUCUCGCCUCGUGAUUAGGGGACAACAGCUAUCUCUCGAGGAACGCAGAGGCGUUGUGCCGCGGGGCUCUGUAACGUAAUUGCUGGUGACAGACGUGGCAGCUACACAGUUCCAUCCACCCAAAAGCGUGAUGCUUGAGACGAUGGUGCUGCUCGCAGAUCUCAAUCUUUCGUUGCUUUUGGACUGGGGACUCACUCUUCACAUGAGCAGCACUCGGGGCUAAUGGCCCAGGGUCGCAGGUAUCGCGGUGCCGCACAGACCAAAUCGAUUGCUUGCGCGUGUUCCAGAAGUGUUCGCCGUUCGACACGUUCACUCUGCACUGCAGAGACAACCUUCGAUUCCGUGCCAGGUAGCGCCUCUUUCUGGAAAGAAACUCUUCCAGGUCGUGGGGUGUGCAAGCCAGGACUUUGUCAAGGAGCCUCCGACUUCAACGGAGUCUUUGCGAUUAUCUUCCGGAGAACAUCAUGGGUAACUUCGACUGCGUCACAUCGAUGGCUGUCGGCUCGGAUCGCUUUGAUGUCUCAUUCAACAUGUCCACUGAACAGGAGUCCAGCGCGCUGACGGACACCAGCUGACUCCUUCAUGUGUUGAUCUCAGGAUUCCUACUGGUUGCGUGUCCUUGCUGAGCGGGGUCCAUAUCAAGAACAGAUGCCAUCUCGCUGCUUACACGCCCGUUUGCACUUCCGGCAUCAAAGGAAACAAGCACGAUCCCUCUUGGAAGCUUGUGCGAGAAGCCAGAAUGAAGGUAGUGAACGACGGAGGGCCAGAACGAUCCCGGGUGGAUUUGUCAAGCUCUAGAACCACGUCGUCUGUAGCAAAGCUAGGGACAUACAGCUUACCAGACAAGACGCAUGUAUUCAGCCCAUUCGUCCCUUCGUCAGCUGUCCUUGAGCGCAAAACAAUGGCACAUCUAAAGAACCCGUCGGAAGUAGAAAGUCCAUUUGUCCCGAGAGGGCUCAAUGCGGUCUUCUCCCCAUCUCAGCGAUAAGUCUCUCCCAUAGCUCCACUCUUUCUUCUCUAACGUCAUGUUCAAGCCACGAGGGAGAACCACAGGACUGGAGAGCGCACCGCCGACCAGAACAUAGCCCGUCC